AUGGUAUUAAUUGAAGUAGAGGAGGAGAUUUCCGCGAUAGAGGCCAUUUACCCAGGUUUAUUAACCAGGUUGAGCGAUUCUAGGGUCCUGGUUAAAAUUCCGCAAUACGAGGACAUUUCAAUUCAACUGUCGUUUCCACCUCUUUAUCCAGCCUAUGAACCGCCGCAUAUACUAGAGAUUUCUUUUAGAAAUGAAAUGACCGAAGAAUACGAUGUAAAACAUUUAAAGUCUUUGUUUAAUGAAGUUAUGACCUCUGUCUUCUACAAGGAUACUGUUUGCGUAUUCAGUUUCUUAGCAGAACUAACAACUAUUAUGGACAGUCAACAAAAAGACAAUGUUUCAGAGAUAUCCGAGGUCGAUGCUGAAUUGACUAGAAAUAUAGAAGAAAUUAAUGUGGAUGCAUUUUCAGGCUGGGUAGCAAGCGAGCCUAUUUUCGACCGUGGUUCAACGUUCAUUGCAUAUGCAGCCCAGGUUACAUCCGAAGAUGAAGCCUUCGAAAUCAUAGAACAGUUAAAAAGCGAUAAUAAGAUAGCUAGGGCGCAUCAUUUGAUGAAAGCUUGGCGAAUUAAAGCCGAGAACGGUAUUUCGUAUCAGGAUUGUGAUGACGACGGAGAGACCGCUGCGGGAAGUAGAAUACUACAUCUAAUGACUAUAAUGGAUACCUGGAAUGUAAUUGUUGCUGUUGCACGAUGGUUUCGUGGCACUCACAUUGGACCCGAUAGAUUUAAACACAUUAAUUCUACAGCUCGUGAGGCUGUUUUAAAAUUAACGUCCCCUGCGGAGAACAACUCAGCAUCCACUAGUUCAAAGCGUAAUACCAAGAAAGGCAAGUAA